GCGAUGCCAGGAAAGUAGAGCACAGAGAAAAGGAGGAGGAGAUAGAGAAAAAGGCUGAGAGAAAACAACAGAGAAAUAGGAGGAGGAGGGCGAAAAUCAGAGUGUUACUGGAACAGAGAAAUAGAGACAAAGAAAGGAUAGGAAAUAGAGGUGAACUGUGUGAGGACAGGGCACUGGAUACAUCUGGCAGGCGUGUCUAGGAAAGCAAAAAUAACCUGCCGGUGUGUGAACGAGGCAAUCCGAGCCUGACUGUGGAUGGAGGAGAACGUUAACCUCUUUACCGCAAGUUACUCGACUGACGAGAGGUCUACAGAUAAAAGAGAGCAGGACUGUUUGGAAUUACGAAGAAACACAACUGGCGAAUAAACAAGAAUAUACACAAUAAAGACAUAUUCUUUAUUUUCAGCCAUCCGUCUUCUAAGGAAGGUCCUGGAAAAUGCUAACAAGCCAAAAACUGAAUCACACCUCUACAAACCAAAUAAAGAGACUGCAUUGUACCUGAACUUUUUUGAGUCUAACAGAAUUUGUUUUAGUACAACCACCUUCAUUUUCUGCAAACAGCAGACGUUUUAAAGUGAAAAGAAACAAAUCAGGACAUCAUGGAUUCGUCAGAUGACAGCUACCCACAGAGCAGCGAAGAGCAACGGGCGAGAAACAGAGCCAAUGGAGCUCAAGGAGGAGGUGGACGUCGUAAACGAGAGUUCAUAUCGGAUGAGAAAAAGGAUGACAGCUACUGGGAAAAGCGCAGAAAAAACAAUGAAGCAGCCAAGAGGUCUCGAGAGAAGAGACGUUUUCAUGACCUAGUUCUGGAAGGGAGAGUUGCAGCACUGGAUGAGGAGAACGGGCGACUUCGAAGUGAAUUAUUGCAGCUCAAGUUGCGCUAUGGCCUCAUCUCAGCAGCCUCCUUCCUAGAGUCUGGGCAAGGCAUAGGAACACGUAAAUCUGUGGACUCAGAAAGUAUGCUUUGUGGUAGUGGUGGAAACCGAUCUUAUACCUCAUCCUACUUGGGGAUGAACUCUGAUUCCUCAGAAGCAGACAGUGGAGGGGGUGCAGCAAUGGACGAGUACUCCCCACGAGGUUCAAUCUCUGAUCUCUCAGAUCAGUCCCCCAUAGACAGUCCUGGACCUAGCACUUAUGAAAAAGGGAGGGCAUUCGACAAUGAUCUUGCUCACCUGUGCCCGUCUGAAAACAAUGAAACUAUGAGACUGGCAGCACCGCGUAGUGGAGUUAUAUUGUACAGGGUUGGGGGGCUUACCUUGGACCCUCAAGAAACACAUACCCAAGAUGUCAAACUAGCAUCUCUUUCAGCAUUCAACACUCAAGAAAAUGAGUGCCAUAUACCCCCACUCCGCUCCUCCAUUUUUGUUCACACAGACAAUUCUCAGCCACCUUUCCAGCAUCUGGUGAAGGCAACAGAAACUGAUAUCAGAGGUGUUCUCGUGUCUCCAAAAUCUCCACACUCAGGGUACCAAAGUGAGGACAGUUGCGGCGAGGAGGGGGGUAACAUUUGCUGCCCUUCUGAAUGCCGACCCCAUCAAGAUGCAGCACUUUGUGUCAAAUUGCCACACAAAUUAAGACUGAAGUGUCGGGCUCAUGGACAUGAUGUGUGGGGGCCUGAAAGAGGACACGGGGUUGAGGGACAGAAUUUUUGGGCAGGAAAUGCAUGAUGAUGCAAUAUAAGGACAAAAGACAGUGAGCCAUCUGCUAUCCUAUACCUAUCUGUGCCACACUUGUGGCUGUUGCAUUGGCUGGUUGCUAAAGAUUUAAACCAUCACUGUGACACUAUUGAGUGCCAGGGGUUUUCAUAGGGUGAAUGGGGGGCUAAUGAGAGAUGGAGGGAGAACAGAACGUUAUUGUAAAUAUUUAAUGUUAUUAGUACAAUAAAAUUAUAUAAUAA